AUGUGGGAUCAGAGGCUGGUUAGAUUGGCCUUGUUGCAGCAGCUUCAGGCCGUCUAUGGCAUUAAGGUUAAGGGUGGCUGUGGGCAGUGUGAUCGAAGGAGGCAUGAAACAGCAGCCACGGAAAUAGGGGGUAAAAUAUUUGGAGUACCUUUUAAUACAUUGCCCCAUUCUGUUGUACCAGAAUAUGGACACAUUCCAAGCUUUCUUGUUGAUGCUUGCACAUCUUUGGAAAAGCAUAUUCAUACAGAAGGGCUUUUUAGGAAAUCAGGAUCUGUUAUUCGUCUAAAAGCACUAAAGAAUAAACUGGAUCAUGGUGAAGGUUGCCUGUCUUCUGCACCUCCUUGUGAUAUUGCAGGGCUUCUUAAGCAGUUUUUUAGGGAAUUACCAGAGCCCAUUCUCCCAGCCGAUUUGCAUGAAGCACUUUUCAAAGCUCAACAGUUAGGAACAGAGGAGAAGAGGAAAGCUACAUUGUUGCUCUCCUGUCUUAUGGCUGACCACACAGUUGAAAUAUUAAGAUACUUUUUUAACUUUCUCAGGAAUGUUUCUCUUAGGUCCGAUGAGAAUAAGAUGAAUAGCAGCAAUCUUGCAGUAAUAUUUGCACCAAAUCUUCUUCAGACAAAUGAAGGAAAGGAAAAGAUGUCCGCUAAUACAGAAAAAAAGCUACGAUUACAGGCUGCAGUUAUACAGACUCUCAUUGAUUAUGCAUCAGAUAUUGGGCAUGUACCAGAUUUUAUCUUGGAAAAGAUACCAGCUAUGUUGGGUAUUGAUGGUCUCUGUGCUACUCCAUCACUGGAAGGCUUUGAAGAAGGCGAAUAUGAAACUCCCAGUGAAUGCAAGAGAAAGCGAAGACAAAGUGUAGGAGAUUUUGUUAGUGGAGCACUAAAUAAACUUAAAUCUAACAGAACACCCUCUAUUACACCUCAACAGGAAAGAAAUGUACAGCUCUCUGUAUCACCAGUGAUUCUUACACCAAAUGCUAAGCGUAAACUGCCAGUAGAUUCUUCUCAUGGAUUUUCAACUAAGAAAAGGAAGUCCAUCAAGCACAAUUUUAACUUUGAACUGUUGCCAAAUAACUUCUUCAGUAGCAGUUCUACACCAGUAUCAGUUCACAUUGAUACAAGCCCAGAAGGGUCAUCUCAGAGUUCACUCUCUCCUGUAGCCCUCAGUGGGAACCAUUUGAUCAGUACAGGUGUGCCAAGGCGAAGUAAAAGGAUUGCAGGCAAAAAAGUUAGCAGGGUGGAAUCAGGAAAAGCAGGCUGCUUCUCUCCUAAAAUCAGUCGUAAAGAAAAGGUUCGAAGAUCUCUUCGUUUGAAAUUUAGUCUAGGGAAGAACAGCAGAGAUGUAAAUGGAUGUUCCAGUGUCAAUAGACAUGAAAAUGUUGGUCGGCGACUUGCAAAUCAACAAUGUUUAAAAAAUAGGAUUGAUUCCGUAAAAACAGGUCUGCUUUUUAGCCCAGAUAUUGAAGGAAGAUUGUCAAAGAAAGGUUCAAAAAAGAUCAAUAAGUCUGAGGAAAACUUACUAACUCCAGAGCAACUAGAUGGAACCAGUUACCGGAUGUCUUGGACAGGACCUAGUAAUUCAAGUUUUCAAGAAGUAGAUGCAAGUGAAGCUUUUUCAAUAGUGGGAAAUCUUGAGGUUGAAAACUCUUCUUUGGAGCCUUAUAUUGCGGUUGAAAAGUCACAUGGUACUUCAUGUGAACUUACCCCUUCCAAUUUACACAAUGAGCAUAAUAGCAACAUAGCAGGAAGCUCCCUGAGUAGGGAUGAAAAGCACUUGACUACUGAGACUUUGGUGAAAAUUCAGAAAGCAUUUUCUGAAUCUGGAAGUAAUCUUCAAGCAUUGAUAAAUCACAGGCAGUCAUCAAUAACUAAUGUGGGAAAAAUAAAAUUAAAUGAAACAUCUUAUGUAGAAUAUAGCACAGAGAAAAAUCUAUUUGAAAAUAAUGAUUUGAGUGUGGUAGAAUCAGAGGAAAAGUAUGAACACCACACUGGUAAAGAUGAAAAUUGUUUUUCAGAAAGAGACUUCUUAUCACAUCAAACUCAAAAAUUUGAUAGAGAAGUGACUAUAAAAUGUUAUUCAACUCAGAUGAAGGUGGAACAUGAAAAAGGUAUUCAUUCAAAUAUAUCAAAAGAGUAUUUAAGCAGGCAAGAAUUCCCCAGCGAUGAACAAAUAAAACAGCAGUCCCCAGGGGAUAAACUAAAUACCAAAUUAAAGGAGAAUGAGGAUAUGAUUGAAGAGAACUUACUGAAAUGCACAGCUUCUAGGGAGGGCGAGGCCAGAUCCCCUUCCUCACAGCAGAGUACGUGUAAUCUAACCACCUUCUCAAAACCUAGGCCUGUGAGAAUUGCUAAACAGCAAUCACUAGUAGAAACAUGUGAUAAAAAAGUGUCUGAAAGUUUACAAAUGACAGAGCAUGGAAAGGUUUCAGAUCAUAUACAGUGGUUUAACAAGCUCUCUUUAAAUGAACCAGAUAGAACCAAAGUUAAGUCACCUCUUAAGUUUCAGCGUACACCUGUUCGUCAGUCUGUUAGAAGAAUUAAUUCUUUGUUGGAGUAUAGCAGACAGCCUAUAAGACAUAAAUUAGGCAGUCUUGGUGAUACCGCUUCUCCUCUGGUUAAAUCAGUGAGCUGUGACAGUGCCCUUUCCUCUUGUAAAGAAAGUACAUCAAAAGUGUCCUCUAUUUCAUGUACCAAAUCAGGUCCUAAAGAACAGAAGUCUACAUCAUGUGAACAGUCAAACAUUGAUACAAUUUCAAAAUCAAGUGUGGAGUUAAUUUCUAAGUCUUUCUCAAAGAUAAAGAGGCACGCAGAUUCAGUGAAUGCUUCUCUUGGGUCUGCUAGAGUUUGUAAACAGGAAGUGAUAUCUGAUGGCCAAAUUAAGAUUCCUUUGGAUGACCUGACUAAUCAUGAUAUAUUAAAAUCUGUUGUAAAUAACAAUAUGGGCAUUUCUCCUGGGAUAAAUAACAGAGUCUUUAGGAAACCAUCAGAAAAAGAAAGGGUCUGGUACAAAGGCUCUCCAAAAAAUCCUAUUGGAAAAGCUCAACUACUACCAACAAGUAAGCCAGUAGACUUGUAA